CAUCGUCCAACGGUGUCCUGGACUCCACCACAGGCAAAAUUCUCCUAGGCAUCAUCCUCUCCUUCGUCAUCUUCCUCUCGAUCUUCGGCAACGUGCUCGUCUGCGUCGCCGUCUACACCGACCGAAACUUGCGCAAGAUCGGCAACCUGUUCGUCGUGUCCCUGGCCAUCGCUGACCUCUUCGUCGCCUGCGUGGUCAUGACCUUCGCCCUCGUCAAUGACCUCCUCGGCUACUGGCCCUUCGGUCCCAAGUACUGCGACAUCUGGAUCGCCUUUGACGUCAUGUGCUCCACCGCCUCCAUCGUCAACCUCUGCGCGAUCAGCCUCGAUAGAUAUAUCCACAUAAAGGAUCCUUUGAGAUACGGUCGCUGGAUGACCAAGAGGAUUGUCACCAUGGCCAUUGGAGCGAUCUGGCUGCUGAGCGCCCUCGUCUCCUUCCUGCCCAUCAACCUGGAGCUGCACCGUCCUGACCCAGACAAGGAUGCUCAGCAGGAGGGAGAGGAGCAGUGCGCCCUCGACCUGAGUCCUGCCUACGCGGUCGUGUCCUCAUGCAUCAGCUUCUUCCUGCCCUGCUGCGUCAUGGUGGGCAUCUACUCGCGCCUCUACCUCUACGCCAAGAGGCACGUGGAAUCCAUCAAGGCCCUCGUGAGACCGGUCACCCUGGGUUCCCUCGAGGGCGACACCUCGAGGCCGACCAAAGUAGCGGCACCGUGCCACGUAUCGGAGUCCAAGGCGGCGACGACAGUGGGCAUCAUUGUGGGCACUUUCCUCACCUGCUGGGUACCCUUCUUCUGCGUCAACAUCGCCGCUGCCUUCUGCAAGACUUGUAUUCCUGACAUCGUUUUUAAGGUGCUGACAUGGUUCGGAUACACAAACUCUUCCUUCAAUCCCAUAAUCUACAGUAUUUUCAACCAGGAGUUUCAGGAAGCUUUCACCAGGAUACUCACGUUCCGGUGUCGACCCUGUCCGUCCUACGGAGAUGGCUUUAACACCUCCACCUCCUCCUACGCCGCGCCUGCCUGCUUUUGCUCGCCAUGUUGCAGGUCUUGUGUACCUCAGAAACGCCGUCCAGGAAGGAGUACAGCAGGAGGCUCCGGCGGCGGCUCGGGAUACCUGGACAUCCCGCGCCACCACCAGAACGGGUCCUCGACGGCGCUGACGGAGUACACCGUGCUCGACGCCGCCGCCACGCCGCGCUUCUCCCACGACCGGUCUCGGGCCUCGUCGGGAGAGCGCUGCCUCAUCCUCGAGCAGAUUUCGGCGAUUUGAUUUUAGGGUUUCGGAGGAAGGGAAAGAAUGGAAGAGUGAAAAUGGAGGAGAAGAAGAAGAGGAAGAGGAGGAAGGGAAACUGAAGUACGAGGUUAGAAAGGAAUGAAAGAAAGAAUGGAAAAAAAAAGAAAAAGAAAUGGAGAAAGGAAUUUACCUGAAGUGAGAGGUUAGAAAAGAAGGAAAAGAAAGAAAGAAAAGGAAAAGGGAAACAGAAGUUACCUGAAGUGCGGGGUUAGAGAGAAAGAAAGAGAGGAAAGAAAAAAAAAACGGAAGUGACUUGAAGUGCGAAGUUAGAAAGAAAGAAAGUUGAGAAAAAGAAAAUGAAGAAUAAUGAAGAAACAGAAGUAACUUGAGAUUAAUCUUGUCCUUGUGAGAUUUCCAGAGAGAUUAGAGCACGAGGGGAAAAUUAUGAUAAGACUGUGAUAGACAGAUAAUCGUGGAAAGUCCUAGGAAGCGGAAACCAUAUAUAGUGGAGUUUUUAAGGAUCUAUAAAGCAUCUGAAACUUCUGUGAUGAAAAUAGAAAUGUGAAACGCUUUUUUUUAAACAUAAUAUCAACGGCAUAAUUGCUAUUCCAAGUACAGUGUAAUAUAAGUAUUUAGAAGCCACUGUAAGGAUGGUUAAGUAAGGGCGACGUGUGAGGGACGCUUAUCAUGAAUAAAGCCAAAUCCUUUUUAAAAAAUGCAUUAAGGUAAAAUGAUAUAAAUGGAAAUAAAGUGUUUCAUUAAAGAAGCAAAGUAAAGAAAGGAAACACACACACACACACACACACACACACACACACACACACACACACACACACACACACACACACACACACACACACACACACACACACACACACACACACACACACACACACACACACACACACA